CUCCGCUCCCAGCGCCCGGCCUCCUGUGGGGCCCCUCAGCCCCAGGGGCCCGCCUGCUGUCAGGGCUCCCAUGCAGCCGGCUGUGGGUGCGCGUGUUCAGGGUGUCUGUUCUUGGGGCGCACCCGGAGUGCAGGGCAGGCCGAGCCCAGUGCAGCCGCAGGAACAGCUGCAGCUGCCUGGCACUGCACAGGCUUCAUUUCUGGGUGGCUUUGCCAUCUUUGCCCUGGUUUAUUUUUGGACCCCAACUUCUGACCCACAUUUGGAGCCAGCUGGUGGCCUCACGCAUGCCUGCCCCGGUACCUGACCAGAGGCUCUCCAGGAGUGGGCUUGCCACUGCAGGCCUGGGGUGGACCUCUGCACCCCGCUGGCCAGUCCCGGGGCGGAGCCAGGUGCUGCGGAGGCAGGUUUCUCUACUCGGAUGAGGUUCAGAUCGGGCCCGAGACGGUCAUGACCACCCUGUACACGGCCAAGAAGUACGCGGUGCCGGCGCUGGAGGCCCACUGCGUGGAGUUCCUGAAGAAGAACCUCCGCGCGGACAACGCCUUCAUGCUGCUCACGCAGGCACGACUCUUCGACGAGCCACAGCUGGCCAGCCUGUGCCUCGAGAACAUCGACAAGAACACGGCGGACGCCAUCACUGCCGAGGGCUUCACGGACAUCGACCUGGACACGCUGGUGGCCGUCCUGGAGCGGGACACGCUGGGCAUUCGCGAGGUGCGGCUGUUCAACGCUGUCGUCCGCUGGUCCGAGGCCGAGUGUCAACGGCAGCAGCUGCAGGUGACGCCUGAGAACAAGCGCAAGGUGCUGGGCAAGGCGCUCACCCUCAUCCGCUUCCCACUGAUGACCAUCGAGGAAUUCGCCGCAGGCCCCGCGCAGUCGGGCAUCCUCGUGGACCGGGAGGUGGUCAGCCUGUUCCUGCACUUCACCGUCAACCCCAAGCCGCGCGUGGACUUCAUCGACCGGCCGCGCUGCUGCCUGCGGGGGAAGGAGUGCUGCGUGGGCCGCUUCCAGCAGGUGGAGAGCCGCUGGGGCUACAGCGGCACCAGCGACCGCAUCAGGUUCUCCGUGAACAAGCGCAUCUUCGUGGUUGGCUUCGGGCUCUACGGCUCCAUCCACGGGCCCACGGACUACCAAGUGAACAUCCAGAUCAUCCACACGGACAGCAACACCGUGCUGGGCCAGAAUGACACGGGCUUCAGCUGCGACGGCUCCGCCAGCACCUUCCGGGUCAUGUUCAAGGAGCCGGUGGAGGUGCUGCCCAACGUCAACUACACGGCCUGCGCCACGCUCAAGGGCCCAGACUCGCACUAUGGCACCAAGGGCCUGCGCAAGGUCACCCAUGAGUCGCCCACGACGGGGGCCAAGACGUGCUUCACCUUCUGCUACGCGGCCGGGAACAACAACGGCACGUCGGUGGAGGACGGGCAGAUCCCCGAGGUCAUCUUCUACACCUAGGCCGCCCGCCCUCAGCAGGCCCGGGCCCGCUGUCCACCCAGCUGUGUGUCUGGGCGGCAGGCGAGGCCUGCGCUCUGGCGGCGGCAGGGUGAGAGACAAUCCCUCAGGACUGGGGUGGGGCUGGCCUGACCCGGCCCACGCUGGCGUCUGCCUGGCCAAGAUGUGGGGGGUCCCAGCCACCCUGUCCCGCAGCCCAGGCCGCCUGCCUGCCUGGACGUAGGGUCUGUCGUUUUGUCUCUUUCGUUUUGUUAACUGCACACGGCAAUGCAUCUGGUUUCCAUUUCUCUGGCCGGAGGGGGGGGGAUGUGCGUCUGGCGGGUCCUGGGUUCCUUUUGUUCUAGUCACUGGGGUGACCAGGCCUGCCACGUGCCCAAGGCCCACAACCCCAGCCUUCGGGACCCUGGCUGGACUCUGGGGAGCAGGACACAGGAGGGGCCGAGGCCCAGUGGAGGCUCUGUUGGUCCAGUGAAGGGUGAUGCCCCGACCCCCAGCCUCUCUGGACAGGUCUGUUCCAGCCCUUGCAGCCCAGGGCACGGCCUCAGGCCUGGUCUGGUAUGCGAUGGGCUGGCCACAGUGGCCAGUCCCCACCGCACCCCUGUACAUACUGUAGCCCACUUCCCUGCCCCGUGAGUGCUGUCCAGAGAUGCUGGAGGGUACACACACCCUCCCCUCCCCUCCCCCGGCACUGUCUGCGCCCCACCCGUGAUUCCUUCUGGAACCUGUGCCCUCCCCGAAGCCAUGGAAGGUGUGCCACCCUCACACCACACCCCAAAAUGAUUUUUUUAAUAAAGGACAGAAAAAGGCA